GGGAAGGCAGUGAGGGGGGGCACCUGCCCCCUUCCCAACAAGAAAAAAAAAUAAUUAAGUGAGGUUUUGAUUCCCCAACAUGAAGCCCGGCUGCGCCCUGAGCAGAAAUCGUUCAGAGACGCGAGGCGCUUCGAGGUCCCGAAGGCGCUUCAGAAGCGCGCUCUGGAACAGGUCGUGCAGCAGUCGCAGAAGCCAGGGAACUGGUUGCUCUUUAACUUCAACGAGGGACUUUGCUCUUUAACUUUAAGCUGGGCGGGAAAAGCUCCCGCAGGCGUUAGCGCGCUAGAGAGGAGGAGAGAGAGCGGGCUAUAAACUCCUGAGGGAAGAGAGGCGUCAGGUCCCGUCGCCAAGCCGGUCGCGCUCUCCGUGGGAGACCUGCAGUCGUGGAUCAUGGAGUCCAGUGUGGAUCUCUCUUUCCUGAUCGUUGGGAUGGUGGUUGCAAUAUCUGUUGCAUUGUUGGUUUUUAAACCAAUGGCCUCUCGGAAGAAGAAAGGUCCAAUUACUUUGCAAGAUCCAAAUAUCAAGUAUGCAUUGUGUUUGAGAGAGAGAGAGGAGAUCAGUCACGAUACCAGGAGAUUUCGGUUUGAACUUCCGUCAUCAAAACAUAUAUUGGGCUUGCCUGUAGGCCAACAUGUAUAUCUCUCUGCCAAAGUGGACGGUAACCUUGUGAUCCGGGCCUACACUCCAGUUUCUAGUGAUGAAGUGAGAGGCUAUGUUGAUUUAAUCAUAAAGGUUUACUACAAAAACAUUCACCCCAAGUUUCCAGAAGGUGGGAAGAUGUCCCAGCAUUUAGACAGCAUGAAGAUUGGUGAUACCAUUGACUUCAGAGGACCUAAUGGACUUCUGGUAUACAAGGGGUCAGGUAAAUUUUCUAUCAAGCCAGAUAAGAAGUCUGAAGCAAGGAUAAAGUUUGCAAAACAUGUUGGAAUGAUAGCUGGAGGAACAGGAAUUACUCCAAUGCUUCAACUAAUUCGUCACAUUACAAAGGACCCCAAAGAUAACACCAAGUGUUACCUUCUUUUUGCUAACCAGACAGAAGAAGAUAUAUUAUUGAGACCAGAGCUUGAAGAUGUAGCAGCAAAUCACUCGGAUCAGUUUAAACUGUGGUACACUUUGGACAGACCACCUCAGGGCUGGAAGUAUAGUGCUGGUUUUAUUACGGAUAGCAUGAUAAAAGAACAUAUGCCUCCCCCUGGCAGUGAGACUCUGAUUCUGAUGUGUGGACCCCCACCUAUGAUUCAGUUUGCUUGUCUGCCUAAUCUUGAAAAGCUAGGGUAUGCCAAAGAAAACACUUUUGCUUAUUAAACCGGAAGUUGUACCAUCCCUUUUAUAGUAUGUUGUUGGUACAUAUAAAUUUUGUGUUAAAGCAAGUAGUAAAAUUGAUGACUGAUGGGAGUGGUAUUUCCCGGACAUAGCUGGGAUGUGGCCAUUGGAAAUCCCCAAAAUGUCUGGGAUAAUCUGGAUGUGUGGCAACCGGUGUUUAUAUCAACACUGCUUCUCAUACUAACGGUGCUAGGUUAUGCCUUCCUCUGCAUUGAGAUGCUGCUUAAACUGUUGCAACUAUGUAAUUACAACAGCUUCUUUUGUCCAAAAGUAGUUCUAUAACCAGUAGAAGAAUGCUGCAUUUAAAAAGGCUAUCAGGGAAGCUAACAGUUUUCCAUUUAAUAAACAUCAAAUUGUUUUGUAAAAUUUGUUUGUGAUGCAGUAAUAUAAUUUACUUCACAAUGA